AAGUGUGUAACCUGUGUACAAUUGGCGGAAGUAAUUUCUUUAUAAAAGCUAAAUCAUUGAGUUCAGUUCGAAAAUGGCAUCUGUUGGCGUAACUUGUUUGUUUGCAUUGUGGGCUACGCUUGCGGUGCAAGUAGCGUCACGUGAUGCACAAACGCCAACAACACUACCAAGAUGCUUUCCAGGGCUGAUUGUUGAUUGCAACCUCCGUCAUGAGGAUUUGGUAUGGUCCAAGGAUGAAAAUAACGAGUGUAUAACGGUUUUGAAUAAAUGCCUUUUCGAGCAAGCCAACUGUGCGCGUUACCGUCAGGAGCGUCCACUACUUGAGCAGGUAUCCAAGGCAGAAUGCCAAUCGCUGUGUGUGAAUGAUUGCUCCCAGGCGCCGAAAGAUACAGUUUGCGUGCAUCGUGGUGAAAAAUAUUGCACCUUCCCCAGUCAGUGUGAAUGGAGGAAGCAUCUGUGCAAUACGGGGGAAUUUUGGUUCCAAGAAGGUCCACGCCCUUGCGGUUCAAAUCCUGUUCCGUGUAUCGCUUAACGUACCUUUCAACUCGACAGCUCUUUUGAAGACAUACUCAAAUGCAACUUCUAACUAAUUUAAAUAAAGAUAAUUAUUUGUACACAAUCAGUUUCUUUCGAAAUACCUUAUUACUUUAACUUAAAAGUCCGCAGUUAUAAAGAAGAGUUUAAAAUAAACAUCUUAUAUCACUGUUA